AUGGAAGAAAAGCUGCUUGACUGGGAAGACAAUUCAGAAAAUUUUAUGCUGAAAUAGGUAAAUUUGUUUUAAAUAAAUAGUUUUGGAGAAAAAUAAGCAUUUAUUUUGUGAAGAUUACCCUUUAAGACACAUAUGCUGGCCGGAUCUUGUGCUGGUGUAGUAGAGCAUUCAAUUUCAUUCCCUUUUGACACGAUUAAGGUGAAAUCCAAUUAGACAUUCGCUCAAGCAGAGGCUAUAUUAACAUUAAGUUAGAUUAUCGAGAAGCUUCAGCUAGCACCCACGGGUUGUUUUUCCACUUGCUUCGUUGGGCUUCCUGCCAUCGACUCACCAAGAAGUUAACUUGAUUCCACAUGAGGCUCUCGUCGAACGGAGAGUGAAGUCUUCUGGAUUGCCUUGCCGUAAUCCAGAUGCACAGAAAUUCCAAGAAAUGGAAUUUUGGCCGACUCUUGGUAAAAAGACAAAACUUGUAGUCCAAGGUGUAACUCCUUGCUCACGCUAGGAAGAUUCCCUAUAGGCCUGAAAGACUUUGCUAGACUUCCCCUUUCAAAAUCUAAGCUUCCCUCUCCCUCAAGGUAAAAUCCAGCUCCUGAAAGUGGACUAAAGGCUCGACCCUAAACGUAUCAGAAUUAGUUAGCUAGCAUAGUUUUCCAUUUCUUCGCUGGCGCACCUUGCGGAUAUAAUUAAAAUAUCUGCUCGAAGCUCCAUGGCUGAGACACCAUAUUUUAAUUAUGACACCUGCUCAAGCAGAGUCUACAAGAUCAGCCUCAUACUGGGAUAUAGCAAAGCUAAUGAAAAACGAAGGAUUUAUCAAAAUGUGAAGAGGGGUUUCGACCGUUAUCCUCGGCUGUGUACCAGCCCAUGCAGCUUAUUUUUCAAUCUACGAAUAUUCAAAAAGGCAUUUCCAAAUUGAAAGCAAUAAAGAUUUUUAUUUUUUUUCAACAGCAAUCACAGGAAUUUUGGCGACGUCUUCUCACGAUAUUAUCAUAACUCCAAUGGAUGGUAUUCAUUAUUUAGUAAUCAAACAGAGGAUACAAUUAAACAGAGUAAAAGGGCCACUUGGAAUGCUUAAGCAUGUUGUGGGAAAUGAAGGAAUCAUUAGCUUAUAUAGAAGCUUACCUAUAACACUGGUAAAAAAUAUAUAGAUAAUGAAUAUGCCACAAGCUGUGCUUUUUAUGACUUUCUAUGAGAAUUUUAAGUCUCAGCUGUAUCCAGACGGAAAUGUCUCAAUGUAUGGGUUCUUUACAUGUGCAGGAGUUUCAGCAGCUUUGGCAGCUGGACUUACGACUCCUUUGGAUGUUAUUAAGACGAGAUUGCAGACGCAGAGAGAAACUUGUCCUAGCUGCGGCACGAAAUUUAUGCAAAGUCAAGGGAAUUUGUCGAAGCCCAGAUAUGGGAACAUUCAAAACGCGAUAAGUCUGAUUUAUUUGGAAGAUGGUCUUAGAGGGUUCCUAAGAGGAAUGGUACCUCGUAUGAUGUUCUUCUUGCCAGGUGCUGCUGUCUCCUGGUCAGUCUACGAGCAUGUUAAGUCUCUUCUAUUAUAA